AUGCCGCCGCCGCAACUUAGGGGCUUCGGCGGGGGGCCUGCUGUAGCAGCGCCAUAUCACCAAGGCGGCUUUCCCUCCCAUGGCCAACCGCAGGGUGGUAUGCCAGGCGCAAACCAGUACAUGAACGCCAAUGCCCAGCUUGGACCCUUCUCUGCCAACGGGAAUGCGUUCACGUCUGGUCUCAACAGUCUCAACACUCAAGGAUUCGCCGAUACAGGAUUUGGAAGCCAGAGCGCAAGAAUGGGCUUCCACGGCCCUGCUGCCGCACUACAACAAUCACAGCAUGGGCUUCACCAGAACAUGUUGAUGGAACACCCCACAAUCAGGUCGCAGCCUAACAAGGGCAGAAUACGGGAGGUGUGGAAACAUAACCUGCAUGAGGAAAUGGCCGUGUUGCGAGAUCUGGUGGAUAAGUACCCUUACAUUGCGAUGGAUACCGAGUUUCCGGGUGUCGUUUCGAGGCCCAUGGGAGGAUUUCGAGGGAAGAGCGACUACCACUACCAAUGCCUGCGAACCAACGUCGACAUGCUCAAGGUCAUACAAAUAGGCCUCACAUUCUUCAACGAGGAUGGCGAAACCCCACCAGCACGACCAACGAACGACCUAAAGCUCGGCACAGCUGCGCAAAAGGCUGCAACCAAUGCUCCUUUCCCUUGUUCGUGGCAGUUUAACUUCAAGUUCUCCAUAACCGACGAUAUGUACAACGAGAAAUCAAUCGAGUCGCUUCAGCAAGCCGGUAUCAACUUCGAAUUGCUUGAUCGCGAUGGCAUUGAUCCUCACGAGUUCGCAUCUCUCCUCAUCCCUUCUGGUCUAGUGUGCUUCGACAAUGUGAGGUGGAUUUCCUUCCACGGUGGUUACGAUUUCGGCUACCUCACCAAACUUCUGAUCUGUUUACCCUUACCUAAUGAUGAGGUUGAUUUUGAUCACAAGAUGAAACUCUAUUUCCCCACGACAUAUGACGUGAAGCAUCUUAUGAAGCAUGCGAUCCGACUACACAACUCGGGUCUCCUCACACCCAGUGAUCCCAGUAGCGCUGAGAUCCUGCAAAAGUUUGAGCACAAGUCAGGACUGGAAAAUAUCGCAGAAACCCUCAAGAUUAAGCGUGUCGGUAAUGCGCAUCAAGCAGGCUCUGACUCGCUGCUCACCGGAAAGGUCUUUUUCUCUAUGCGCGACAAGAUCUUUGCCGGCGACAUCCCUGACGAGCACGUUGGUAAAGUUUGGGGUCUCGGAUUCCCCGACUCCAACUCGAAUAUCAUCUCGAUGAACCAGCAAAACAACAAUGAUGGCCAGACAAAUGGCAACGCACCCAGCACACCCAACACUACGAGUGUUGGGUUGGCUACUACACCUGGACCCCAAGGCCACAACGGUAUCCUCAACACAGGACCUAUGACGCCUGGAGGAGGAGGUGGUGUAUUUGGCAGCUUUGCUUUUGGUGGAAACCGAUAA